GCUUACCGCUGUGGGGCGGAUCUUUUGCGUUAAAAUCCAUGUCCACCUCAUCGCCGCUGCCACAAUGACAAACGAAGCGCGUUUUUAUCGGAAGGUUAUCUCCUAAGUGUAAGAUUGUUGUAUUUUUUCUAUUAUUAUUAUUUUUUUUGAAUGAUUUCUCUCUGUUAACGCCAAAGCGCACGGCAGAAGAAUGGCUCUAAUGGAGAAACCGGCGGCGGGGAAGCUUCUGCUGGACGAUACGGUUUCGCUGACGGCGGUAAUCGAAGCGAGUCAGAAUUUACAGUCUCACACGGAAUACAUCAUCCGUGUGCAGAGGGGAGUCUCUACAGAGAACAGUUGGACGGUGAUCAGGAGAUACAGUGACUUCGACAUGCUCAAUAACAGUCUGCUGAUCUCAGGCCUGAACCUGCCCCUUCCUCCUAAGAAGUUAAUCGGCAAUAUGGACCGUGAGUUCAUUGCAGAGCGGCAAAAAGGUCUACAGGCGUAUCUGAACUUCCUCACUCAGCAUCACAUCCUGUCCAGCUGUGAACUUGUCAAAAAGUUCCUUGACACCAACAACUAUUCCGCAAACUACACAGAAAUCGCCUUACAGCAAGUGUCCAUGUACUUCAGGUCGGACCUGAUAUGGGAAGUGGUUGAGCCUUUAAAAGACAUAGGUUGGAGAUUAAGAAAGCGGUACUUCCUAGUUAAAAACAAAGAGCAGCCCAAGGAGCGACAAGUCUUAAGCUGGGUCGAUUUCGGUCCUGAUAAGUUCUUAUCAGACAAAGAUCUUCAGUCCGUGAUGAAGCUGCUUCCGUCCCUGUCUCAUCCAUACAUCUGUCCAGUCACCUAUGCUUCUACUAUCGAGUCUUCAGCAGUAGUAAUCCGAAUUUUUAAUGAAAAAGGCACACUUAGGGAUCAUAUUUGCAAGGUAAAGCCAAAAGAAGCAUUCCUGAAGAAGUACUGCAAUCCCAAAAAGAUCCAGGGUCUGGAACUCCAGCAGAUCAGGACAUAUGGAAGGCAGAUUUUGGAGGCCCUGAAAUUCCUCCAUGAUAAGGGAUUUCCGUACGGGCAUCUCCAUGCCUCAAAUGUCGUAGUUGAAGACAACACGUGCAAACUGCUGGACAUAGAAAACUCCAUCUUGGGACUUCCCUCUUACUACCGUCCUUAUGUCACCCAGUUCAGGAAAAUUAACACCACAGACAGCAUUGACGUCUACUCCUUUGGUCACUUGUUGUAUGAAAUGACGUAUGGCAGGCCUCCCGAUGCCAUUCCUGUGGAUCAGUAUCCCUCUGUGCCCUACACUUCAGUCGUCUCGGUCCUGCAGUCAAUCCUGUCCGCUGAGGCAUGUAAAACAGGGAUGCCCACAGUUUCUCAGCUCUUACAGACACCCCUGUUCAGUGAUGUGCUGCUGUUCAACACGGAGAAAGCUCAGUUUAAGGUCACCUCCAAAUUGAAAGAGGCCUUAAAAUUGUCCAAAGAGUGUUUGGAAAAACGCCUCCAAGAGGAACAGAGAGCGGUUCAGCAGCACAGGAGACUGACACGGGCUCAGUCACACCACGGCUCUGAGGAGGAGAAAAGGAAGAGGAAGAUCCUUGCCAGAAAGAAAUCUAGACAGUCUACUUAUGAAAAUGAAGAGGACUUUUCUAGCAAAUACAACAACAACUCUGGAUCAGGAGCGAGUUCUCCGCCUACUUGUCCUUCUUCUCCCACUCCUCCACCUGCACCAGGUGUCCAGCCAGUGACACUUCCACCGCCUCCACCUCCUCCUCCUCCUGCUUUAGGGAUGGAGUCCAGCCCUCCGUCCCUCCAUCCUCCUUCCGUUAACGGCAAGGGCCGAGGCGCCCUCCUGAGCUCCAUUCAAUCCUUCAGCAAAGGCCGGCUGAAAAAAGCAGAGACCAACGAUCGCAGCAAUCCGCACAUCUGAGCAACACUUCUUAUAGUCCUUAGUUCUUAUCGUGUGCAAUUUAUCCUCAGCCCUCUUAUCCGAGGCUUCCAGGAUCUGAUCUUCAGGAGUGCAGAUAUGUUUUAAAACUGGGGGAGAAAACUAAUUUUUUUUGAAUAUUUUACUCCCAAAUCGGCUGCAGAUCAGCGACGGCGAAGCUUAAGUGUGGGGUAUUUGUGCUGCUAUACAGGAUAUGACCUUGGAAACACAACAGCAUUUCAGCUGUCAGGUUUAUAAAUUGGACUUGCAUAUUUGUGGUAAAUUAUCACACACACACCAUACAGCAAUGUUCCUCACCCCCAUAAAAUCAGCCUCCAGCUGCAGCACAUUCAUCAUGUAAUGUUUUUCAAGCAGCUUAGAAGAAUUUGGGUUGCGUUUUAAACAAAAAAAAAAAAAGACCCUUUUUAUUGCUUUGACUUUCACGUUUGGGUUUUACUUAAAACAUCGCUUAGGUUUCGACUUUUUAAUCUGUUGUACGUUCACA